AUGGAAGCUGUGGCUACUGAAGGUGUAAAAUUUAUUCUGGAGAAAUUGUUUGAGGUAGCCUCUGAAGAAUUCAAACUUGUGCGGGGUUUCAAGAAGGAAUUUGCGAAUCUAAAAAAAUACUUGAAAAUGAUCAACGAAGUCUUGAAAGAUGCUGAGAGGCGCGAAAUCACCGACAGUGCUGUUAAAAGCUGGCUCAAGGACCUCGAAGAUGCUGUAUAUGAUGCCGACAAUGUUUUGGACGAGAUCAAAUAUGAAGAUUUGAGUCGUACGAUCCAAACCCAGCACAAGAUUAAGCCAAAGGGGUGCUUAAACAUCCCUUGCCAUACUACUACCACUUUGGCAUUUCAAUGGAAGAUGGCUCACAAAAUCAACGACAUAAAUGCCGACUUCAAAAGGAUAAACAACGAAGCUGAUAGUCUUGGCCUCAACAGAGUUAAAGAUUAUCCUCUUGCAAAGCCUCUGGCCAUUGACACUACUAGCUUCACUGUUGAUCCAAUUGUCAUUGGAAGAGAAACUGAUGAAUCAGAAAUUCUGGAGACGCUAACCAGCUCGAUCCAUAAUGUCCUCUCAGUCCUUCCCAUAGUCGGAAUGGGAGGGAUUGGAAAGACGACUUUAGCACGCAAGAUCUACAAUCACCAUCGUACAAAAACCCAUUUCGACAAAAGGAUUUGGGUUUGUGUAUCAGAAAAUUUUGAUCAGAUGACGCUUUAUAAAAGGAUCCUGGAAUCAUUAUUGAACAAAGAUUUUGGUGGAGGUAGCAAGCAAGUUGUUGUUCAAAAGAUUGCAGAGGAAUUAAAACACAAAAGGUACUUGAUUGUUCUCGAUGAUUUAUGGAACAAAGAAACAAUAGUUUGGGAUGAUUUCAAAAGUACUUUGGUGGGAGUUAGCUCCAACAAAGGAAAUUUCAUUAUCGUCACCACACGUGAAGAAGAGGUGGCAUUGAUUGUGAACACUUGGAGUAGUCCUCGUAGGUUGAAGCAAUUAACAAAUAGUGAAUGUUGGUCCAUUAUCAAAGCAAGGGCAUUUCAAGAUAAAGAAGUACCAGAACAAUUUGAGAUUACUGGGAAAGAGAUAGCUAGCAAAUGUAGAGGUGUACCUCUAGCAGCAAAUAUGGUGGGAAGAGUUUUGCAAGGAAAGGAGAUAGAAGAGUGGGAUUCAGUUCUACAGUUCGGGCUUUCAAAUCUUAAAGAGGGUGAGAAGGGUGUGUUGCAAGUCUUAAAGGUAAGCUAUGAUCGCUUACCUUCUUCAUCACUGAAAAAAUGUUUUGCCUAUUGUUCAAUAUUUAUCAAGGAUUCGGUCAUAGAUAGAAAAGACUUAAUCCAGCUCUGGAUGGCGGAAGGAUUUCUUCCCAAUAAUCUAAAAAGUGAGAUGGAGACUACAGGCAAUAAAUUUUUUAAUAUUUUGUUGCAAAACUUCUUCUUCCAAGAGCCUGAAAAGGACAAGUACGACAAUAUCAUAAGCUGCAAGAUGCACGAUCUUGUCCACGAUCUUGCAUGUUUAGUUUCAGAAUCAAAAAGUUUCAUGAAUAUGGAGAGUCGCACUGUUGAUGACAUUCCUCAAGUUAGACACCUUGCAAUAGAAUCAAUUGGAGAGGACAUAAAAGAGAAAGCCAGUUAUCUUAGCACAUUGUUCUUGAGAAGCAGCAUACCACAUGAAAUUUUGUCGUACUUCAAGCAUUUGCAUUCUCUAAAGCUAUGUGAUGCAGAUAUUAAAGAAUUGCCAACAUCAAUUGGCACGUUGAAACAUUUGAGAUAUCUUGAUGUGUCCUACAAUGAUGAUCUCACUACUCUGCCAGAAACUGUUUGCAAGCUCUACAAUUUGCAAACCUUGAGGAUUCUAUACAACUACGUAUUUCCUGGGCUUCAACGGCUUCCUAGAGAUUUGCAAUUCUUGAUUUGUUUAAGGCAUCUCUGUAUUAAUGAUAUUAGCGAUAAUUUCGAGAUGCCACCUAAAAUCGGAAGUUUUUCUUGCCUUCAAACAUUGCCAUUAUUUUGUGUGGGUGACAAGGUAGAUUGUCGAAUCGAUGAGCUAGGAAAGUUGAAGAAUUUAAAGGACAAACUACAGAUACGGAAUCUAGAAUUGUUGAGCUGCAAAACAGAAGCUGAGCAUGCAGAUAUGGCUGGAAAGCGAAACAUCUAUAAGCUACACUUUCAUUGGAAAGAGUCAACGGAUUCCACAGAACGCAACAUCAAUGACGAGAGUGUACUUGAAGGGCUGCAACCUCAUGAAAAGCUAAAAAGACUAACAAUUGAAGGAUUCCGAGGUAAAAACUUCCCAUUGUGGACUACAAAUAUGAAAAUUAAUAAAGGCAAUAGCGGCUCUUGGGUGAAAUUUGAUAAACUAAUCAAGAUCGAAUUUCGAAAUUGCCACAAAUGUGAAGAAAUCCCAAUGCUCGGCCACCUACCACUCCUCAAGUAUCUAAAGUUGUAUGGUCUGACUAGUGUAAGAUCGAUACGAUCAUCAUUCUAUGGAGAGAGUGAUUGCAGCUCAACUAGCAGCAGCGAUGGCCAAGAGACGAGAGUAUCAUUCCCAUCACUUAAAAGUCUUAGAAUACAGGAAAUGCCGAAUCUAACAAAGUGGGAAGAAGCACAAAUGAGCAGAAUGCAAGUGUUUCCUUGCCUUGAAUAUUUGAUGUUAUCUAAUUGUGAAAAGUUGACUCAUGUUCCCCACUUGCGGGGUUGCGGAGCUUCUCUUAAAGAGAUGAUAAUUUGGUCUUGUCCUGAAUUGAGGGAAUUACCCUGUGACCUAGACAGCCUCCAGUCUCUUGAGAAAUUGACAGUAUUAGAAUGUAAAAAUCUGCAAUCAGUUUCGUAUAAAAAAUGA